AGUUUCACUUAAAUGCCUCCCGCUCUACAUAACGGUUGCUUCUGAUGAAUCUCCUGUUCCUUAUUGUAACCUCUGGAUACAUGCGCACAUCUGGCUGUAAGCUCGUCUUUCAAAGGGAUUUCAUAGACCUUCAGUGAGCACCAGGUCUGGUCUGUGAUUAGCGCCCCCUGUGUUGGACCAUGGAGGAAUCUGUGACUGUGACCUGCACUGUGUAGAAUUGUUCUUCAAAAAUGGCAGCAUCUGGAUUCCCUCAGACCCCAAACCUCAACGAAACUCAAGCCAACCACUCACUGGAACAUGGGGCGUCCGUGCACCCUUCUCCCAGCAUGCAGCUGGGUACGAUGUCCAACCCACAGUCCCGUCUCCGCGACGCUAUGGGUCUGGCGGCCAUGGUGACACUAAACGCCGUGGCUCUGUUGGCGAACCUGGCCGUGCUGAUCGUGGUGCUCAAGGCGUCACACUUGAGGAAGUACAGCUUUGUGUGGCACCUUUGCGGCGUGGAUGUGCUUUGUGCAUCCCUCCUUAUGCCCCUUGCCAUUGUGUGUGGCUCGCCAAUCUUCGCUGGGGUCAUCUUCACGCCACUUGAGUGUCGUCUGUAUGUCUUCCUCAAUGCUUUUCUGAUCUCUGCCUCCAUCUUUACGGUGACAGCGAUCAGCAUUGAACGCUACUACUACAUUGUGCACCCGAUGCGCUACGAGGCCAAAAUGACACCCCGUAUUGCUGCUGCGGUCAUGGCGCUGGUCUGGUUGGCGUCUGCUGUCCUUGGGUUGGCCACUGUGUUUGGUUGGCCCAGUUAUCGCCACCAUAGUGCCAUUGCUGCCGCCCAUUGCUCGCUUCACUGGAGCCACAGCGGGCACCGGCGUGUUUUCUCCAUCAUCUUCUGCGUGCUUUGCUUUUGUGUGCCCGCCGCCAUCAUCCUGGCCGUAUAUGCUAACGUCUACAAGGUGGCUCACACGGCCGCCCGCCACAGGGGACCUCUUCCUAGCUGGGUGCCUGCAACACCUCGCCCGAAACACCGCUCUGACUCUGUUAACAGCCAAACCACCAUCAUUGCCAACAACUCAAGUGCCAGGAGAGGGACCGGGACUCAUGCCCCUCGCAGGCCACGCCGGACAGUGGUAGGGGGUAAAGCAGCACUCACGCUGGCUGUCAUAGUGGGACAGUUUGUCCUCUGUUGGUUGCCGUACUUUGCCUUCCAUCUGCAUUUGUCCCUGGACGUCGCCCACAGCUCAGCUGAUGAGGCAGAAGGCCCUGUCACGUGGUUGGCAUACUCUUCUUUCGCCGCAAACCCAUUUUUCUACGGCCUGCUGAACCGCCAGAUUCGAGAAGAGGUGUGCAAGACAAUGUGCUGCUGCUGCCGCUCGCCCAGCAGACCCGCAAGGCCCCCGGCAUCCGGGCACGAUGCCUCGGCACACGAAGACUUCCUGCAUUUUCUGAAGCGCAGCAGCUCGAUGGAAGCCACACGCAGCAGUUACAACACUGCGACUCCCAGGAAUACACUGGACCAAACUGGGUUCAGGAUACCAGGACAGAUCCCUGAGGAACUCACCUAGGCUGCUGCUAGAUGGCAUCCAAUUCUGGUACUUUUAAAUUGGAUUAAAAUCUGGAAUGUUUCAUU